UCCAGUCGGCCCGUUAUACUGUGACGCUCCACAUUCCACACCGACUGAGGGAAUAAGAGCGUCGGUCUGAAACGGGAAAAUUGCGGUUUUUGUCGAAGAAUCUGCACAGGCGCCAUCAUGAAAUGAUUCCCGCUUCAGACUAUUGAUGAGGUAACCUAAAGGCUGUCCAUCUUUAGUCUUUACAGCUGCGCAAUUGUCUGCUUGGCAGCAAUUCUGUGCAAUAAAUUCACCCCUCAGCUAUACACAAUGGAAGUGGAGGAUCCCUUAUCGGCUAAAUUCAGAACUCUGGUUGAAAGACUGAUGGUGGCGACGACUUCAGAGAUAGUCAAAAUAUUCAGUAAAGUUCUGCUGGAGACGAGAGUGGAGAUCACCCGGAGCUGGAAGGAGAUCGACUUGUUGAAGCAACAUUUGGAGAAAUGUGAGCAGGAAAAGAGAGAGGCCAUCAUCAGGGCUCAGAGGAGUGAUUUUAAAAGAGAAGAUGAUGAGAUGGAGGUGUCGCAGUUUGAGCAGAGCUAUGACUCGGACAGACCAGGGGCUUCGGGUUCUAAAGCAAGAACAGGAAAGGUCUCUAAGGACAGAUGUGUCAGUGUGGGGAAAACUAAAGUGACGGCACAGUCAAGCAAACCAGGUUCAUCAGGUAAGAAAGUUAAAAUCCAGAAGACUAACAGCCCAAAGACCAAAUGCACAGAAUUUGUGGCAAGACAAAAAGUAGGUCGUCCCCCCAAAAAACAGAAAUCAAUGUCAAUAUCAAGCCAUACCAUACCUAUAACUGUUGAUGAUGAUGAACCAUCUGCAAGUGUGGACUUUCAAACAACUAGUCCAAAAGUAAAGGAGAUGAAAAAUGAAAAUGUCGUCUCAACACCGAAGCACCCAAAUGAUGCUAGUGUUUCCCGUGGUCUUCGAGACCGACAGCACCUCAGCAUGCAGAGACACUGUCUGUGUUGUUCAUCGGACGAGUGCAACUUGCAGUCUAGCCCUUCCAAAGCCCAGCACCAGGUCCCUACCGUCUAUAUCUGUCGAAAAUGUGAGAGAAGAUUCAAAACUGACCUCCAAUUCAAAAGUCACAAGUGCUCCGUGCCUCAGAAUUGCGACAAGUGUGGGCAGGUGUUCAAUACUCUUCAGGGGCUUUUCACACACCGUCAGGAGGUUCAGCCUCCGUUGAGCUGCAGUCAGUGUGAGGAAAAGUUUGCUACUCUAUGUGCCUGGGCCGUGCACAAAAAAAUCCACACUAACCUUAUCAUUCCCAAGGAAAUCAAGUCGAAGAGGUUUGAGGUUCGUCUUGAAAGAAUCUCAGACUCCCAGCUGGAGGCUGCUUUGUGCUUGAGUGGCUCUUACUUACAAAAUAACUCUUCAAAACAGAAGAGUGAAGUGAAAAAUGUGGAUGCAACAGAAACAAACAAGGGAACUGCUUGUGAACGGAGUGCAGAAUCCACAAUGGUGAACUUAACUGAUUCCAGCAUGACACAGCCAUCGUCUCAAAGUUCAGCUGAAAGCCUGUUGGAUUCCAGUGGCGGACAGUCAAGUGUCAGGAAAGUAUAUGCGGUCAUGUCAAGCACCUCUUGCCAAAUUCAGAUUAGUGAAGAUGCAAGUGGAUCAGAGCCAUCAAUUGCGUGUGAAAAUGAGAAGGUAACAGAUGAUGAAAAACUUCCCAGUGAUGAGUCCGGACUCUAUACUCCACCAAGAAAGAGGAGAAUGGCAGAGUGUUCCCAUGAUGCAUACAAUGGCGUGUUUCCUGUUGAAAAUAUUCUGAGAUGGAGAAACAAUAAGGGAAGAAAUGAAGUUCGAGUCAAAUGGUUGCCCUGCACAUUGUGCGGGGCAAAGUUUCAGAACACGUGGGAACCAGCAGAAAGCUUUCCAGGCUAUUUGGAUGACAAAAACGAAGAACCGAAGAAAAACUAGAAGGAUCAAAAACUUGAUAUAAAAUUGACUGUGCUUUUAUAAACGUUGAUCCGAAUGUAUGCUUUACAGUGAAGUUAAUUUAAUGUGUUUUACUUAACUUUUUUUCCUGUAAAAUACUGUGCUUGUGACAUGUUCCAUACAGUUACCCUGGAUCGAUUAGUAGUGAUGUUAAACAAGUAACAUUUAAUAUCUGAUCUUAAGUGCCUGAGAUCAAAAGCUUUGUUUUAUAGCUUGCCAUACUGUGUAUUAAUUUAGCUCAUGACUUCAGAUGUAUUUGAAUGUUGAUUUUAUAUUUGCCUCUCUGCUGUCCUUGAAUAGACGAUUGCUCAUAUUAGGUGUUGCACAUUGUUAGAGAUGUUUGUGGUCAGACUUGUAUUAAUGGAAUUACAAUGCCAUUAUUUGAUUCAGAUGUUUAGGACUGAUGUCCUCAAAGCUAUAGUUGACACAAAAAUUCAAAUCUGUCAUUUACCUUUUGUACAACAGAAGAAAUACACUCAUAAAGGUUUAUAACUACUUGAGGGGUGAGUACAUUUUAAAUUUUUGUGCGAAGUUUCCCUUUAACACUAAUAGUAAAUUUUGCUUAAUGUUAUCCCGUUAAUGCCACUGCCUGCUUUUUGCUUCUAAUUGGUUUACUAAAGAGGAACAUUGGUGCCAUUCGUUCAUACAGUUAUGCUGUUUACCAAUAAACUACAUUGUGUUUGUACAGUUAUUGCAGGCAAUACUGAAGUGGUCCAUGUAUUUAAGCACAUACAAAACUUGAAUAAACCAUUCUCAAACCUA